AUGGUGAGAUUCUUGAAUUUGAUUAAGCCUGUUAUGUUUCUACUUCCGGAGGUUCAGUCUCCAGACAGAAAAUUGCCAUUCAAAGAAAAAUUGCUAUGGACAGCAGUGUCAUUAUUUGUAUUUUUGAUAUGUUGUCAAAUACCACUUUAUGGGAUCGUGACAAGUAAAUCAAGUGAUCCAUUUUAUUGGAUGCGUGUGAUAUUGGCCUCAAACCGAGGUACAUUAAUGGAGUUGGGAAUAUCACCAAUAGUUACAAGUGGUAUGGUUAUGCAGCUAUUGGCUGGUUCAAAAAUAAUAGAUGUAGAUCAAAGCUUAAAAGAAGAUAGAACGUUAUUUCAAGGAGCACAGAAAUUACUGGGAUUGUUAAUAACCCUUGGAGAAGCUAUAGCGUAUGUUAUUAGUGGUAUAUAUGGAAACAUAUCAGAAAUUGGAACAGGACAUGCCAUUAUAAUUAUACUUCAAUUAUUUUUUGCUGGAGUAGUUGUAAUAUUAUUAGAUGAAUUAUUACAAAAAGGAUACGGAUUAGGUUCAGGAAUAUCAUUAUUUAUAGCAACAAAUAUAUGUGAAACAAUUAUGUGGAAAUCAUUUAGCCCAACAACUAUUAACACAGAUAAAGGAAUAGAAUUUGAAGGUGCAAUUAUUUCAUUAGUAUACUGCUUAUUUACAGAAUCAAAUAAAAUAUCAGCAUUAAAAAAAGCUUUUUAUCGAACCCAUGCACCUAAUGUAACAAAUUUGUUGGCUACCAUAUUAGUAUUUCUUAUCGUUAUAUAUUUACAAGGAUUCAGAGUAGAUUUAUCAGUUAAAUAUCAAAGUGUAAGAGGACAACAAGGAACAUAUCCUAUUAAACUUUUUUAUACUAGUAACAUUCCAAUUAUUUUACAGACUGCUUUAGUAUCCAAUUUAUACUUCUUUUCACAAAUAUUAUAUAAAAGAUUUAAAAAUAGUAUAUUAGUAAAUAUUUUGGGACAAUGGCAAGAAGUUGAAUCAAGUGGAACAUCUAUACCUAUUGGAGGAAUUGCAUAUUAUAUUUCUCCUCCCAAUUCUUUCGCUGAUAUUACCAACGAUCCUUUUCAUACGCUAGUAUAUAUAUCUUUUGUUCUUGUUGCAUGUGCUUUUUUUUCAAAAACCUGGAUUGAAGUAUCUGGUAGUUCAGCAAAAGAUGUUGCGAAGCAAUUGAGAGAUCAACAAAUUGGGAUGAGAGGACAUAGAGACACACCAACAUCCUUAACAAGGGUUUUUAAUAGAUAUAUUCCUACAGCAGCUGCCUUUGGGGGAAUGUGUAUUGGUGCAUUAACUAUAUUAGCCGAUUUUCUGGGUGCAUUAGGUAGUGGAACGGGUAUAUUACUUGCUGUUACCAUAAUAUAUCAGUUCUAUGAAAUGCUCGUGAAGGAACAAGAGAAAGCGGCUUCCCUAUUUUAA